CUUUGAUGAUACACACACACACACAUCUUCCAUCUCACGUCAACACUCACUCUUUCUCACUAUAAAUACCUGAAUAUCACCCUUAGCUUGACCAUCAAUAUACACUAGAAAGUUCAAAUAUAGUAAAGUGGAAGAAUGGGAGAUAACAAGUUGAACUUGCCGCCGGGGUUUCGAUUUUACCCUACCGAUGAAGAACUGCUGGUCCACUUCCUCCACCGUAAGGCGGCGCUGCUACCCUACCAUCCAGAUGUCAUCCCUGAUCUUCAUCUUUACCCUUAUGAUCCUUGGGACUUAGAUGGUAAAGCCAUGUCGGAAGGGAGACAGUGGUAUUUUUACAGCAGAAGAACACCAAACAGGAUCACAGAGACUGGAUAUUGGCAACCAAUAGGAGUCGAAGACCCCAUUUUUUCCAGUGCUGGCAAAAAAGUUGGUGUCAAAAAAUAUUGUGCUUUUUAUAUCGGGGAGCCUUCGCAAGGUGUCAAGACUAAUUGGAUCAUGCAUGAAUAUAAAGUUUCAAAUUCAUCAGCAAAAAAGACUUCUUCCAAGAUUGAUCGUAGUAAAUGGGUUCUCUGUCGUGUGUACGAGGACGACGACGAUGGUGGUGGCGGGACGGAGCUUUCAUGCUUGGAUGAAGUCUUCCUCUCAUUGGAUGAUCUUGAUGAAAUUAGCUUGCCCAAUUCUUGACCCAAUAUAUACAUAUAUAUACUUUGUAUUUCCCUUUUAUCUCGCCUCUGUAUUGUAUCUUAUUCCAUCGGUGCAUAUUUAGUAUGCAUUGGUGAAAUAGAAUACCCAAAAAAAAAAAAUUAUCUAGGUAGCUUUAUUUUUUAGAAAUUAAAUGAGAAAAUGUAUUGGUGAUUAUUAAUUAGGAAUGUGCGAGCUGAAUGCAUGUAAGAUGUUAAUUUGUUCGAUAUAUAGAAGAUGGUAAUUUGUGUA